UCCAAUUCAUACCUGUGGACUCCUCUGUCCUUGCGCUCUCAGUCCCGCUAUCAGUAUGAGAGUAGCAGGAAUAAAACAACCAGUCCUCAUAUUUAUGAUCAUUGGUCUUAUCUUCUACGUGCGCCGCGUGUAUGUAAAGAGUGGAUAUGAUGAGGAUACAGCGGGGUCCAAAAAAGAGGUUGAACACCCUCGGGUGAUCAAGAGUCUAUCUGACCUGGAGACAAGCGUCAGCCACCUCUACAACCUACUCAAAGCUUUUGAGCAGAAGCAGGACACCAUGCAGAAAUUGCUCGAAGAGGACGUAGAGCGAAGGAGAAAAGCUGCAGAGGUCGUACAGCCACCAGUCCAAAAACUCCCAGAGCAGAAAGAGGAACCUAAAUCAAAGAUCGAGGAAAAACAGGAGGCCCCUGUAAAGAAAAAGUCAAAUAAACUCUUCCCUGACUCCCCCCUGUUCAAGGAGUGGGGUGGGAAUCUGUCUGAGGAUGAGCAAAGAGAGGCACAGAGUUUGUUUGAUAAGUACGGCUACAACGUGUUUCUGAGUGAUCGCCUUCCUCUAGAUCGUGCUAUUGCAGAUACCAGGGAUAAAAGGUGUCUUGAAAAGACUUACCCAAAGGAUCUGCCAAGCAUCGGGGUGGUGUUGAUCUACCUGAAUGAGGGCCUUUCGAUCCUCAAAAGAGCCCUGCGCAGCAUCAUCGACCGCACCCCUAAAAACCUGCUGAAGGAGAUUAUUUUGGUGGAUGAUAAUAGCUCGAAUGAGGACCUGAAGGGUGACUUUGACGUGUAUGUGAAGUCGCUUGAGCAGCAGAACCCAGGCCUCCGCUUUACAAGAGUGAGGCACAAUGAGCAGCGAGGCCUUUCAUACGCCAGGGCUUCUGGGUGGAGGGCUGCUACUGCUGACGUGGUGGCCAUCCUGGACGCACACAUUGAAGUCCAUGAAAUGUGGGCUGAACCUCUGCUGACGCAGAUCAAGGGGGAUCGGACCGUGGUGACGUCCCCUGUGUUUGACAAAGUAAACUAUGAUGACCUUACAGUUACUCCAUACGAACCGGCCGCACAUGCCUUCGACUGGGCUUUAUGGUGCAUGUAUGAGAGUUUCUCCGACGAUUAUUACAAACUCAUGGACGGCUCACUGCCUGGAAAGAGUCCAUCUGUCAUGGGAAUCCUAGUGGCUGACAGGAAGUAUCUAGGAGAAAUUGGAGUUCUCGAUGAGGGAAUGAAAGUGUACGGUGGUGAAAAUGUGGAGCUGGGAAUUCGAGUGUGGACAUGUGGAGGCAGUAUUGAAGUUGUUCCAUGCUCCAGGAUCGCCCACAUUGAGAGGGCCCACAAGCCCUACAUGCCUGAUCUGUCUGUAGCCAUGAGGAGAAACGCCAUGAGGGUAGCAGAAGUCUGGAUGGAUGAAUACAAACACAAUGUCAACUUGUUCUGGAACUUGCCAUUUGAGAAUCAUGGAAUUGACAUUGGGAAUGUCACGGAGAGGAAAGAACUAAGGAAAAGGUUGAACUGUAAACCCUUCAAAUGGUACCUGGAAAAUGUGUAUCCCAAGUUGGAUCCCUUGGACAACGUAGUUGCCUAUGGAGGAAUGAAGAAUCUUGAUACCAACAUGUGCUUAGACCAAGGCCCAGUGCCGGGAAACACACCCAUCGCGUUCAAUUGCUACUACUAUGGACCUCAGAUUACUUAUUUUCGAUCAAACGGAGAGCUCUACAUCGGCGGCAUCAAGUCCCACAAGUACAAUGACAACCGGUGUAUAGCUGACAUUGGGAAUAAAGAAACAGAACCAGGACUGUUCAACUGCAGAGAGGCUCUGCAGAAGAAAAUGGGGAUCUACUGGGACUUCACUCAGGGCAAGGAGUUAAAGAACAGAGAAACAAAAAGAUGUCUGGAGAUUAAAAAAGAUACACUAGUAAUACAGGAGUGCUCUGGCCAAAGAUGGGAAGUCCAACACAUAAUCAAAGCCUUUUAAAGUGUGUCUGUGUGUUUGCGGCCAACCAGAAGUGCACUUCUCUGCUCAUAGGUCAGUCUCAAAGAAAGCCAGUAACGUGCUAUCAUGCCUUUAUAUAUAUAUAUCUCUGACAGACAUCAAUUCAUCUCCAUCAACAACUCCAAAUCCCCCACAGUCCCUGUCAAUCAUGGUGUCCCUCAGGGUUCUGUACUUGGUUCCCUUCUGUUCAUCAUCUACAUCCUCCUACUUGGACAAUUCCUCUGUCAAAACUAACUCCAGUUCCGCUGUUAUGCCGAUGACACACAGCUCUACCAAUCAACAAAAUGUAUUUCUCCAACCACACACUCCCAACUCAGCACCUGCCUCACUGACAUUACAAUUUGGAUGCAAAACAAUUUUCUAAAACUCAACUGCGACAAAUCAGAACUCAUAAUCAUCGGCCCAAACUCACUUACCCGCUCAACCCAGGAUUUUUCACUUACCAUCGAUGGCUCCAUUGUCAAGCCCUCCAAUCACGUCCGUAAUCUUUGCUUCAUCCUCAACCCCACCCUCACUUUCCUCCCUCGUGUUAACCAGGUCACAAAAUCCGCCUUCUUCCACUUAAAGAACCUUGCCCGCAUCAGACCCUCCCUCCCAUGUCCGAUGCUGAAACUCUCAUCCAUGCCUUCAUUACAUCCCGUCUUGAUUACUGCAACAGCAUUCUUUAUGGUUCACCUGCAUAUAUCCUCAAAAAACUUCAAUAUGUCCAAAACUCUGCCCGUAUGCUCACCUUCACCCGACAUUCCUACCACAUCACCCCUAACCUCCAUGAUCUCCACUGGCUCCCCAUCAAACCCCACAUUGACUAUAAAGUCUUACUAUUCACUGAAAAAGCUUUCCACAACCUUGCCCCCCCCCCUACCUCUGUGACCUCAUCCAACGACACACCCCCACCCGUCGCCUCAGAUCUGCUGACGCUUACCUACUGCAGCCAAUCAGAACCAAGCUCCAGACCUGGGGCGACGGGGCCUUCGCAGAAGCCUCCCCCUCACUCUGGAGCUCCUUCCCCAGCCACGUCCGAUCUGCCAACACUCACAUAAGUACUUAUUAUCUUUCCUUCUUUAUCUGCCAUUUUUCUUUUGUUUGACACUACACAACGGAAUUUGCUGAUUGGACCAGAAAAUUGCAUUGUUUUCAAUGUAAAAUAUUUUUAUUUGGUUCUAUUCCUUUAAGGUUUAGUGGCAUUAGCCGCGUUCACACCAAGUACUUUCCUGUACUUAGUUCCGGCACUAAGAGCCCCGGCGCUUUUAACCCCAGGGCACUUAGUACAGAUCGCGU